UCUCCUCCUCUUCGGCUCUGUGUGUGUAUUCUGAUUUUUAUCUUUUUUUUUAACCGGGAACUGCUCAAAUUCCAUUUGCCGGAAAACACCAGAGAAUUCCGGUAACUGGGAUCUGAGCAGAAUUUCUGAGAGAGAGAGAGAGAUUUUGAAUUUUUUUUUUGGGAUUUUAAUUUUUAGGAAUUUCUCUCUCCAGAAGAAUUGUGGGUAAGUAAGUGGUGGUGGUGGAGGGUGGUGGUGGUAACUUGCAAUGCAGGGAAAAACAGAAAGAGGAAGAGGAGAAGAAUCAAAGCUUUGGAAGUUUUAACACGGCACAUAUUCCAAGAUCUCUUCCUCUUCUUAAAGCCUUCUUUUCUAUUCUCUCUCUCUCUAUACAAUUCUAGUAGUAUUAUAUAUCUUCAUCUUCUCUCUUUCAAGGACGGCAAUAACAAGAGAGAGGGAAGAAGAAGAAGAGAAAUAAUUCACUCGGUGCUGCUACUGUUUUGUGUUGGAGAGAUAAUUGUGAUUUUGAUACUUGAUCAUUGGAAUUGAAGAAGAAGAGAAGAAAUGGAGUUUUGAAUUGUACUAGUAUAUUUUUUGUUUCAUACCCCUCCUCCCUUAGGGCGUUUUUGAAAUUGAAGCAUGCCAUCAGAAAUUAAAAUAAUGGAUCAAGCUAAUUUAUCUCAGUCAUCAUACUUUUACGACGAUAUCCUCUUCCCCGCUGAGAGGCAAGUUGGAUUCUGGAAGCCUGAAACCAUGUCUAGUCACCACCAAGUAGUAGCAAAGGAGGUAAUAUCACGAAUACCAGGAAGUAAGUCACUAUCUUCAUCUCCAAUGGAGAAAUUCAUACCAGUGGGAGCGCCAUCAGAAGAGUCUUUGGAAUUUUCUCAGCCAUUUCUUGUCAGGAACCAAAAUACUAGGUUCAGUGUAGAGAGGCAUGUGGUGGGAGCAGAUAGAACGAGUAGUAAUGUGCCAGUGACUACUUCUUGGAGAGAGAACAAUAUGGGGAUGAGGUCAAACAUGAUUGUGCAGCCAGCGUCGUAUGCUGUACACGGUGCCAAGGUUGGCAUGGGGGUUCAGUAUGAGAGUGGCCUGUUCUCUAGUUCAUUGUCAGAAAUAUUUAGCAAAAAAUUGAGAUUACCGUCUAAUGGUGCUCCGUUUGGGCAAUCUGUUGAUAACGUGACGUCUAACUACGAGGAGGAGGAACCUUUUCAGUCACUUCAAGAACUUGAGGCUCAGACUAUUGGAAACCUACUUCCAGAUGACGAUGACCUGCUCUCUGGAAUGAUUGAUGAACUUGAUUAUAUCACCAAGCCUAGUAGUAAUGACGAAUUGGAAGAAUUCGAUCUGUUUAGCAGUGGUGGAGGAAUGGAACUUGAGGGGGAUGAUCAAAGAAGUGCAGAAUUUGCGGAACAAGGACUGAAUGCAGCAACUGCUGGGGAGCACCCAUUUGGUGAACAUCCUUCUAGAACACUUUUUGUGAGAAAUAUCAAUAGCAAUAUUGAAGAUUCUGAGCUGAAGGUUCUUUUUGAGCAAUAUGGAGAUAUCCGUACUUUGUAUACUGCUUGUAAGCACCGUGGCUUUGUUAUGAUCUCUUACUAUGAUAUACGGGCUGCACGCAAUGCAAUGAGAGCACUUCAAAACAAACCUUUGAGACGCAGGAAGCUUGACAUACACUUUUCAAUUCCAAAGGAUAAUCCUUCAGAAAAGGAUAUCAACCAGGGGACUCUCGUGGUGUUCAAUCUUGACUUUUCUGUUUCAAAUGAUGAUCUUCGCCAGAUUUUUGGUGUUUAUGGAGAAAUUAAGGAGAUUCGUGAAACUCCUCACAAGCGUCAUCAUAAAUUCAUAGAAUUUUAUGAUGUCAGAGCGGCAGAUGCUGCUCUUCGAGCGUUGAACAGGAGUGACAUUGCAGGAAAACGUAUCAAACUUGAACCAAGUCGCCCCGGAGGUGCAAGACGGUGUGUAAUGCAACAGCUAUCUCCAGAGCUCGAAGACGAGAUAAAUGGGGGUCUGCGACAGGGAAGCCCUCCUGAUAGCUCACCAACAGGAUGCUUUGAUUCAUCAGGUCUAGUCACGUCUAAUGGUAUGGACAAUGGAGCGUCCCAGGGCCUGAACUCUAUCCGAGCGCCUAUAAGCCAAUUUGUUGAAAAUGGAUUUCAUCAUGGAAUGUCUUCUAGUGUACCUCAGAGCUUACACUCUCCAGUGCGGGUUGCCUCUAUGGGCAGUCAAUCUGGCCUUCGCGAGCCUAGUCCUUCACUUGGACAAAUGGAGUUUGGAUUUCGAGGCAUUACAGGUUUUCAUCCCCAUUCACUGCCCGAGUAUCAUGAUAGUUUAUCCAGUGGUGGUCCUUACAACUCUUCAACAACUCUGGCGGCCAUGGCAGCAAAUCUUGGGUCCAUAACAUCAGAAGAACUAGAUAACAGGCACAUGCGCAGAGUUGGCUCCAGUUCACCCUCAAUGGAUCUUAAUGAAGGCAUUUUUGGUUCGGCUGGAAAUGGAAGUCGCUCUCUUCAUAAUCAUCAUUAUAUGUGGAGCAACUCUAACUCAAACUCGUUCAAUCCUCAUUCUCCAAACCUAAUGAUGUGGCCUAAUUCACCAUCAUUUGUAAAUGGUGUUCAUGCUCAUCCACCACAGCAAAUGCAUGGACUUCCCAGGCCACCAUCUCAUAUGCUGAAUUCAGUACUUCCAUCCAUACACCAUCACCAUGUGGGAUCGGCACCGACCAUGAAUCAUUCUGUCUGGGACAGGCGUCAUGCCUAUGCAGGAGAGUCCCCUGAGACUUCUGGUUUCCACCCUGGUUCGCUUGGGAAUAUGGGAUUUCAUCCUAUGGAACUUGCUUCUCAUAAUAUAUUUCCUCGCGUUGGUGGCAACCGUAUGGAUCCAACAGUUGCACCUACGAACGUUGGAUUGCACUCUUCCCCACAGCAAAGGUGUCACAUGUUCCCCAACAGAAAUUCAAUGAUCCACUUGGCGAACUCGUUUGAUUCUUCCAAUGAGCGGGUCAGAAUCCGUAGAAAUGAAGCCAGUUCAAAUCAGGGUGAUAACAAGAAGCAGUAUGAACUCGAUAUUGACCGCAUAAUGCAUGGGGAAGAUACACGGACUACUCUUAUGAUUAAGAACAUCCCUAACAAGUACACCUCAAAGAUGCUUUUGGCAGCAAUAGAUGAACGCCAUCGCGGAACAUAUGAUUUCAUCUAUUUGCCUAUCGACUUCAAGAAUAAAUGCAACGUGGGUUAUGCAUUCAUCAACAUGAUUGACCCUGUCCAAAUUGUUCCAUUCUACCAGGCAUUCAAUGGUAAGAAAUGGGAGAAGUUCAACAGUGAAAAAGUCGCAUCGCUCGCCUAUGCUCGUAUUCAAGGGAAAUCUGCUCUUAUAGCCCAUUUCCAGAAUUCAAGCUUGAUGAAUGAGGAUAAGCGUUGCCGCCCUAUUCUCUUUCAUUCAGAUGGUCCUAAUGCCGGUGAUCAGGAGCCCUUCCCAAUGGGGGUCAAUAUUCGAUCAAGACCUGGGAAACACCGGACAAACCACAAUGAGGACAACCAUCAAGGAAGCCCAUCGACUUCUGCAGAUGGGGAAGAAUCAAACAGGACUGACUCUUCAUCGGGUUCUACAAAGGACUUAGAGUGAGCAACCGUGCUAUUUCUGGGGGGCACUAACCUUAUAGCUAAACCCAAGUAAUGUUAAUCAUCUCUCUGCUCCAAUGUCUAGUAACUAAAUAUCAGGGGCGGUUUGACGGAUUAGUUUUGAGGUGCUUUGAGAAUCCUCCUCUCUUUUCCCAUUUUUGUUACUUACCUUCAAUUUUCUGAAAAAAAUUUUGGAAGCUGGAAUGCCUUUUCCUAAGGGACUUCCAUUUAUGUGAAUUAUUUAAAAAAAAAUGUAAUAUCGAGGUUGACAAGAGGCUAGAGAUUGUGUUGCAGCGCUGCAACAAUGAAGAGAAGCUUCAAGAUUUUGGUCUUUCUGUUUAGUUUCACAGUUGUCAUGGAGGCUGCUCUGGUUAGGUCUCCGUUAUAUAUUUUUCUUUAACAUUUAAUUUUUUCCUCUUAUGUUUAUGUUUAGAUGGGAGGGGUCUUAGGAACCCAUUUUGGGUUCUGAUUUUGGGUGGUAUAAUUGAUGAGAUACAUUUGAGAGAGAGAGAGAGAGGGUGAUAGAAUCUCUUGUUGUGCAAAAACUUUUUUUUUGUUGUUUUAUGUUUGUUGUUGGGUCUUAGCCUCUUAGGGUCUGUUGUGCUGUACAACUGAUGUAUUAAAUCAGAAGUUAUAGAUAUAUAUGUAAACCUUUGUUUCAGUAUGUUA